CCUACAUUUCGCAUUAGCACCACCACCACGACGGCGACCGCUGGUUCCUCGCCGUCGCAAUGAUUUUCUGUCCCGGCACCGCCGUGUGGGUGGAACACCCGGAACUCGCCUGGGCUGAGGCCGAGGUCGUGUCCCUCUCAUCCCCGUCCUUCAUCAUGGUCGUUCUAUCUAGCGGCGUCAAGGCCGUGGUCGAUGGGAGGAAGGUGCUGCCUAGGAACACGGAGGCCGACCUCGUGGGCGUCGACGAUAUGACCAAGCUGGUCUAUCUCCACGAGCCUGGGGUGCUCUGCAACCUUGCGCGACGGUACACACUCAAUGAGAUCUAUACAUACACAGGACAUAUCUUAAUCGCAGUAAAUCCCUUCGCCAAGCUGCCUCAUCUCUAUGAUAUGCAUAUGAUGGAGCAAUACAAAGGUGUGCAGUUUGGCGAGUUAAGUCCACAUGUUUUUGCAAUUGCUGAUGCAUCAUACAGAGCUAUGGUCAGCGAGGGCCACAGCCAGUCCAUAUUAGUCAGUGGAGAAAGUGGCGCUGGAAAAACAGAAACCACCAAGCUUAUUAUGCGAUAUCUUACUUUUGUUGGGGGGCGUGCAACCGGUGAUAUCCGUUCUGUGGAGCAACAAGUUUUAGAAUCAAAUCCAUUGUUGGAGGCCUUUGGUAAUGCACGAACGGUGAGAAAUGAUAACUCCAGUCGCUUUGGGAAAUUUGUUGAGAUUCAGUUUGACAAAUCAGGUAGAAUAUCAGGGGCUGCAGUUCGAACUUAUCUCCUGGAGAGGUCUCGCGUUGUACAAAUAUCUAAAUCUGAAAGGAAUUACCACUGUUUUUACCAACUUUGUGCAUCUGAGCAGGUUGCGGGUAAAUACAAGCUUGCUCACCCUAAGAACUUUAACUACUUAAAUCAAAGCCAUACAUAUGAGUUGCAGGGGGUCAGCGAUGCAGACGAAUAUUUGAAAACACGGAGAGCAAUGGAUAUUGUUGGUAUAUGUUUUGCAGAUCAGGAAGCCAUAUUCCGAACUGUAGCUGCCAUCCUUCAUCUAGGAAAUAUUGAAUUUUCUCCUGGGAAAGAGUUUGAUUCAUCUGCUGUCAAGGAUGCAAAGUCUAAAUUCCAUCUUCAUAUGGCUUCUGAUUUGCUCAUGGUUGAUGGAAGCCUUUUGCUUUCAACACUGUGCUAUCGCACGAUCAAAACUCCUGAAGGAAACAUAAUUAAGGCAGUCGACAGCUCUGCAGCUGUAGUCGGUCGUGAUACUUUGGCGAAGACUGUUUAUGCUCGAUUAUUUGAUUGGCUUGUCGACAACAUUAAUAAGUCCAUUGGGCAGGACAUGGAGUCGAGGGCGCAAAUUGGGGUAUUGGACAUCUAUGGUUUUGAGAGCUUCACAUACAACAGCUUUGAGCAGUUGUGUAUCAAUUUUGCCAAUGAAAAGCUCCAACAGCAUUUUAACAAGCAUGUUUUCAAGAUGGAGCAGGAGGAAUACAAAACUGAAGAAAUCAGCUGGAGCUACAUUGAAUUUGUUGAUAACCAAGAUAUAUUGGAUCUCAUUGAAAAGAAACCAAUCGGCAUAAUUUCACUUUUGGAUGAAGCAUGCAUGCUUGGAAAAUCAACACAUGAGACUUUUGCAAUGAAGUUAUUUCAGAAUUUUAGAGCACAUCCAAGACUGGAAAAGCCAAAGCUCUCGAAGACAGAUUUUUGCCUCUCUCAUUUUGCUGGAAAGGUGUUAUACCAAACUGAUUUAUUUUUGGACAAGAACCGAGAUUACGUAAUUGCAGAGCAUCAGAAUCUUCUUUGCUCUUCAAAAUGCUCAUUCAUCUCUGGGCUCUUUGCUUGGCACCAAGACGAUCCAUCAAAAUCGUCGUAUAAGUUUUCUUCUGUAGCUUCUCGGUUCAAGCAACAACUUCAAGCACUUAUGGAAACACUUAGCUCAACAGAACCUCAUUACGUCCGCUGUGUAAAACCAAAUUCUCGAAACUAUCCACAGAAAUUUGAAAAUGUUAGCGUACUACAGCAACUGCGUAGCGGGGGUGUUCUUGAGGCUAUUAGGAUAAGUCUUGCUGGUUAUCCUACAAGGAGAACAUAUGCUGAAUUCAUUGAUCGCUUUGGACUUCUUGUGCCAGAACAUCUGAUGGCACGGGUUGAUGAGAAAUCGCUGACUGAGAGAAUCCUAAAGAAAUUAAGUCUUGAGAACUUUCAACUUGGCAGGACAAAAGUGUUUCUCCGUGCUGGCCAGAUUGCUGUGUUGGACUCCAAACGUACUGAGAUUCUGGAGAAGGCUUCAAGAAUCAUUCAGGGCUGUUUUAGAACCUUUACAGCUCGCAACAAAUUUCUUUCAACUAGGAAAGCUUCUAUGUCGCUUCAAGCAUACUGUCGAGGUUGUUUAGCACGAAAUGUGCUGGAAGCGAAGAGACAAGUUGCAGCAGCUGUUUCAGUAGAAAAAUAUGCUCGAAGAUGGUUCUGUCGUUGUGCAUAUUGGCAUCUACGUUCUGCAGCUAUUGUCAUCCAGUCUGGUGUUCGAUAUAUGCUAGCAGUUCAGAGCUUGCUUAACUUGAAGAAGGAUGAAGCCGCUACUAUUAUCCAGGCUUGGUGGAGAAUGCAGAAGAUCCACAAUUUCCAUAAGCACUACCGACAUGCAACAAUCCUCAUCCAGUGUUGUUGGAGACAGAAGCUCGCUAAAAGGGCAUUGCGGAACCUUAAACAGGCUGCUUAUGAGACUGGAGCUUUACGUGAUGCAAAAGGCAAACUCGAGAGGAGCUUAGAAGACCUUACUUUGAGAUUCACCUUGGAGAGGAGACAAAGGCUUGCUGCUGAAGAGGCAAGGGAACUAGAGGUCUCGAAGGUUCUUAAAAUCUUGGAAUCAUUAAAAUCCGAGUUAGAGGCUACGGCUGAAGAAAAGAAAAAAAGUUACAAGACAAUUGCCUCACUCCAACAUAACUUAGACUUGUUGACCAAGGAUCAAGAAGCACUUCAUAAUAGCCUUACUCAGAUAGAGGAAGUAAAGAGGGAGAAUAUUUCAUUAAAGGCAAAGAAUAUAGAACUAGAGCAAGAGCUCUUGAAGGCUCAAGAAUGCAGCCAUGAUAAUAUGGACAAGUUGAAUGGUGUAGAAAAAAACUACGUGCAUCUCCGGGAUAACUUAAAAAGCUUGGAAGAUAAGAUUUCGAAUUUGGAAGAUGAGAACCAUGUACUGAGGCAGAAGGCCUUAAGCCUAUCUCCUAGGCACACUCGCACUGGGAGUCUUCCUUUUGGAGCUUCCCCUUCCUGCCCAAAGUCAUUCUUUGAAUCAUCAUCGAUGAAACUUGCACCUCUCCCUCAUAACCUAACAGAAUUGAGAAGAUCAAGGAUGAGUACCGACAGGCACGAGGAGUACCAUGAAUUGCUUCAGCACUGCAUUAAAGGCGACAUGGGGUUCAAGAAGGGCAAACCAGUUGCAGCCUGUAUCAUUUACAGAUGCCUUCUCCAUUGGGGAGUAUUUGAGACUGAAAGAACAACAAUUUUUGACUUCAUAAUUCAGACAAUCAAUACCAUUUUGAAGACAGAAAAUGAGAAUGACAUUUUUCCGUACUGGUUAGCCAAUGCUUCUGCUCUUCUAUGCCAGUUGCAAAGAAACGUGAGGUCAAAAGGAUUCAUCUUGGCACCUUCUCGAUCUUCUUCAGAUCCCCGUUCAUGUGAAAAGGCAAAUGAUGCAGUCAGAUCUCCUUUGAAAGUGCUUGGGCAACGGGAGAACAUGUCACACAUUGAUGCUCGAUACCCAGCUAUGCUAUUUAAGCAACAACUAACUGCUUCCCUGGAGAAAAUAUUUGGGUUAAUUCGUGACAAUCUGAAGAAAGAGAUAUCACCUCUCUUAAGCCUUUGCAUCCAGGCACCAAAACUUGCUCGUGGUGGCAGUGGAAGAAGGUCCAGUUCACCUGACGUGACCUUGCAGCAGCCAAUAAGUGCGCAUUGGGAUAGGAUUGUCAAAUUUCUGGAUUCACUGAUGGACAGGCUACAUAAAAACUUUGUACCUUCGUUUUUCAUCCGCAAGCUAGUAACUCAAGUUUUCUCGUUCAUAAAUGUACAGCUGUUUAAUAGUUUGCUCCUUCGACGGGAGUGUUGCACAUUUUCAAAUGGAGAAUAUGUGAAAUCUGGGCUUUGUGUACUGGAGAAAUGGAUCGUCGAUACUACAGAAGAGCAUGCAGGUGCAGCUUGGGAUGAGCUCAAAUUCAUCAGACAAGCGGUUGAUUUUCUGAUUAUUCCUCAGAAAAGCAAGAGGACUCUUGAGAAAAUUAAGAAGAAUAUUUGCCCGGUAUCGGACAGUAAUAUAAUUUGCUCGAGUACUCUUGGGCAAUAUAAUUUUACUCAGUGUAGUUCUGCGUUAAGCGUAAGGCAGAUAUAUCGUCUGUGUACUAUGUACUGGGAUGACAAAUAUGGUACACAUAGUGUAUCAUCAGAGGUUGUUGCCCAAAUGAGGGACAUGGUGAGCAAUGAUGCACAAAAUCCUGUGUCGAAUUCAUUUCUUUUAGAUGACGACUUGAGCAUUCCUUUCACGACAGAAGAUAUAGCAGAGGAAGUACCAAUCAUCGGCAUGUCAAACAUUGAAAUGCCCUCUUCGCUUCGCCAUGUUCACUCCGCUCAGUUCUUAACACAAACCUUCAUGAGUCACUGCACUCGCCUAGAUGAAACUGCCUAGCUUAGUUAAUCAGUAUCGAUGAUCUUGGAGUACUCAAGUUAGUGCUAAGCAAUAGAAACAUAGUGUUUGUUCCUUUAUGUUUGCCUGAUUCAUUAGGUCACAUUCAUUCAUAUGUUUUUUGUUUAUUUUCCAAUUUUAAAUGUUCACAUGUCAUUGUGUCAUCUUUACUAUUUUCUAGUUAAUGAGAUAUAGAGUUAUUUAAGCCCUCUUAGUCUUGAA